AUGUUGGGAUAUGCUGUGCUCAGCCAUGCAUAUGCACAAUGCUGGAUGACAAAAACCCCGACGCACCAAGAGACGAAUCGGCCGGUCUCUGGCAUGCAACUAGAGCUGAAGACUGCAGAUGUCCAAGAUGUGGACAAUGAUGCCAGGAAAAACAGAGCAGCGCCACCGUCAGUCAGCAGGGAGUUAGUCGGUGGUAUCCUUGCUAUGAAAAAUACGCCUCCCCAGAAGACACCAACGACCCCGCCGAUGAAUGGCACACAAACCACUACCACCGCGAGCCACAUCAAAGAAAAGUACCCCAGCUCACAGUUAUUCACAUCUGUCACUCCUCAUUUACUCGGCCGUGAUCAUCGAUAG